GGUGGCGACCCGGUCCCGGCGCGCUGCGCGAAUACGCCCUGCAAGGAUGCCCUACGUCGGCGCUGGCGCGCCGCUGCACGAGCAGUACGUGCAGCGGCUUCCGCUUCAUGAGCUCUGGUGGCGGCUCCUCGAGCCGUACAAGCAGCCCGAGUGCCCGACACACGUUAUGGUCACUGCAGCGGAGCUGCCCAGCUUCAACGCCACGUCUGGUUCGUUCUCGGACAUGAAGGGGAACCAGACGAGCCGAAUGGGCGUGUACGAGCGCACUGAGCACCUCGAGCACUUCCGGCCCGUCUACCGGCAAAAGAUGAACGCCAACGACGAGUUCAUUGAGAGCGGCGAGUACCUCUACUACAUGACCGACCUCUCCAAGGACAACUGGGUCAUCGGGCCGGAGCCAGGCGGCAUCCUGCGCGGCAUACAGUCGAGCGGGAGCUCGGGCGCGCACUGCCCGAACAUGGCGAUGGGCUGGGUCGGCGCGACGGGCGGCAAGGAGAACGGAGGCUGGUCGCCGCCAGGCGGUGUCAGCGUCGCGCCCAAGUACUGCGGCUUCGAAGGGCCAAAGCUGGUGUGGGAGCCCGUCAUCCGCGCUUGCGGCGACAGCUCGCAAACCGCGCUGCUCGUCUCGUCCAUCACGGAGUGCGCCAUGCGCAUGGGCGACGAGGUGGACUCGAUCGCCGGUCUCGGCCCGAGCGGGACCUUUUGGGUGGACGGCGCAGAGCGUGCCUCGACGCAUUGGAACUUCGCCUACGAGCCGCGCGCCGCCGUCGGGCUGAAGGACCCCGACAUGCUCGAGCAGAAGGACACGCUGCAGCCGUCGGGCCACUCGGGAACUCGAAUGGGCCAGCUCGACCUCGAGACGGCCAACGACAUGGCAAAAAGCGCUAGAUGCAAAAUAUUGUGCCUGGCCUUCCCUGGGUGCACGAGGCGCGUCGCUUGGGUGGAGAAUGCCGAGGCGCAGCUGCGCUCUUACCGCACCUGCCGGGACAACCCGCAGUACAUCGCCGGGAUGCCGCACACGCAAGAGCUCAGGGGGUACGGCUUCACCGCGCCGGACGAGGUGUCGAGCAUGGGCGUGCCGCGCUGCGCAGAGAUCCAGCAGAUGCGCGGCCGCUGCGGUGUGACAGAUUUCGAGAACUCCGCGCCUAGCAGCUAG